AUGUACGGAGCAGGAACCGGGCCCCAGACGGGCAUCAACACCCCGCGAUCCAGCUCCUCCCUACGACCAUUGACACUUUCUCACGGCACCCUUGAGACAUCUCUCCUCGUCCCUACAAGUCUGCAUUUCCACGCAUCACAGCUAAAAGAACGCUUCACUGCGAAUCUACCACCCCCGACCGAUGAGCUCGCUCAAGAUGACGAGCCCUCGUCAGUUGCCGAGCUUGUUGCGAGGUACCUUGGGUUUGUUGCUAAACAGGUGGAGAAUGGUGAGGACGACGCCCAAGGCUCCUAUGAGGAGGUACUCAGACUUGUUCUCAACGAAUUUGAGCGCGCAUUCCUCCACGGGAACGAGGUCCACGCUCUCGCUGCCACGCUGCCCGGCAUCGAAUCCAAGAAACUUGAGGUGAUCAAGAGCUACUAUGCUGCCCGCAGCGUCUCUAACAGAACCGUCAAGCCGCACGAGUCUGCUCUCCUGCGCGCUGCCGACGAUGGUGCGGCCGACAUUUAUACCAUUUUUGGCGGCCAGGGCAACAUUGAAGAGUACUUUGACGAGCUGCGCCAAAUUUUCACCACAUAUUCUGGUUUUGUGUCUGAGCUCAUUACAAACGCUGCGGAGCUGCUUCAGACCCUCUCCAAUGAUCCCAGCGCCGAAAAGUCCUUUGCCAACGGUCUCGAUAUUAUGAACUGGCUUCAGCACCCUGAAGCUACUCCCGACACCGACUACCUCAUUUCAGCCCCCGUCAGCUUCCCCCUCAUCGGGCUCGUUCAGCUUGCACACUAUGAAGUCACCUGCAAGGUCCUUGGAAUCACCCCUGGCCACCUUCGUGAGCGCCUUCGCGGCUCCACUGGUCACUCCCAGGGUAUCGUCAUGGCUGCUGCCACUGCGUCUGCCGACUCUUGGGAGUCGUGGCGUGAGAUUGUCACUUCUACCCUCACUAUUCUCUUCUGGAUUGGUACCCGAAGCCAGCAAGCAUUCCCCGUCACCUCUAUGACCCCUACCAUGCUUAGGGAGUCCAUGGACCAUGGUGAAGGCACCCCCACUCCGAUGCUUAGCAUCCGUGACCUCUCGCAGCAGGAGGUUCAGAAGCACAUCGAUGCUACUAACCAGUACCUCCCCGCCAACCGCCAUAUCAGCGUCUCUCUCAUCAACAGCCCCAGAAACCUGGUUGUCACUGGGCCUCCCACCUCCCUCUAUGGCCUUAACUCGCAGCUGCGCAAGGUCAAGGCCCCCACCGGUCUUGACCAAACACGAGUUCCCUACACUGAGCGAAAGGUGCGAUUUGCAAACCGCUUCCUCCCAAUUACCGCCCCUUUCCAUAGCCAGUACCUCACCGACGCCACUGCUAUGAUUGACGAGGACCUCAAGAAUAUAUCUAUCGACAGCAGUUCUCUGGGAAUUCCUGUCUUCGACACAAACACUGGCAAGGACUUGCGAAACGAGGUCGCCGGCAACAUUGUCCCAACUCUUGUUCGUCUUAUUACGCGCGAUCCUGUCAACUGGGAGACUGCCACCGUUUUCCCAAAUGCAAGCCAUGUCCUCGACUUUGGCCCCGGUGGUGCCUCUGGUCUUGGCAACUUGACCAGCCGGAACAAGGAGGGUACUGGUGUUCGUGUCAUUAUUGCUGGUGCCGUCGAAGGCUCUCUCGAGGCUGUCGGAUACAAGCCUGAGCUCUUCGAUAGAGACGAGGAGAAUGCCAUCAGAUAUGCCAUUGACUGGGUCAAGGAAUUCGGCCCCAAGGUGGUCAAAAACUCGAAGGGCGAAAAGUACGUGGACACCAAGAUGUCUCGUCUUCUUGGCUUGCCACCUGUUAUGGUUGCUGGUAUGACACCCGCUACCGUUCCCUGGGACUUUAUCGCCGCAACCAUGAACUCUGGCUACCAUAUUGAGCUUGCUGGUGGUGGAUACUUCAACGCGAAGUCAAUGACCCAGGCUCUUGAGAAGAUUGAGAAGGCGAUUCCCGCUGGCCGUGGUAUCACUGUCAAUUUAAUCUACGUCAACCCUCGUGCCAUGGCUUGGCAGAUUCCCCUCCUUGGCCGUCUUCGCGCUGAGGGUGUACCUAUUGAGGGUCUUACAAUUGGUGCUGGUGUACCUUCCAUCGAAGUUGCUCAGGAGUACAUCGAGACUCUGGGUCUGAAGCACAUUGCUUUCAAGCCUGGCUCGGUGGAGGCUGUACAGGCCGUCAUCAAUAUCGCCAAGGCCAACCCAACCUUCCCUGUCCUUCUGCAGUGGACCGGCGGCCGUGGUGGUGGUCACCACUCCUUUGAGGACUUCCAUCAGCCCAUUCUUCAGAUGUACGGCCGCAUCCGUCGGCAAGAGAAUAUUAUUCUUGUGGCUGGUAGUGGUUUCGGUGGCGCUGACGAUACUUAUCCGUACGUGACUGGUGACUGGUCAAAGAAGUACGGUUAUCCUCCCAUGCCUUUCGACGGCUGCUUGUUCGGAAGCCGGAUGAUGGUUGCGAAGGAGGCCCAUACCAGCAAGAACGCCAAGCAGGCCAUCAUCGAUGCACCAGGUCUGGAGGAUGGACAGUGGGAACAGACCUACAAAGGUCCCGCUGGCGGUGUCAUUACUGUUAGAUCUGAGAUGGGUGAGCCCAUUCACAAGCUUGCUACCCGCGGUGUCCGCUUCUGGGCUGAAAUGGACCAAAAGAUCUUUGCUCUGCCAAAGGAGAAGCGUGUUGCUGAGCUGAAGAAGAACCGUGAAUACAUCAUCAAAAAGCUCAAUGACGACUUCCAGAAGGUCUGGUUUGGUUGUAACAGAAGUGGAAAGGCCGUCGACCUCGAAGACAUGACAUAUGCCGAGAUUGUUCGCCGUCUCGUGGACCUACUCUAUGUCAGGCAUCAGGAGCGUUGGAUCGAUGCCUCCUUUGCCAGGCUCACUGGUGACUUUAUCCACCGCGUUGAGGAGCGCUUCACUACCUCUCCUGGAAAGCCCUCUCUCUUGCAGAGUUAUGCUGAACUUGACGAGCCCUAUACUGCUGUGAAACGCAUCCUCUCCUUCUAUCCCGAGGCCGACAGCCAGAUUGUCAAUGCUCAGGAUGUCCAGCACUUCUUACUACUUUGCAUGCGCCCCGGUCAGAAGCCCGUCACUUUUAUCCCUGCCCUCGACGACAGCUUUGAAUUCUUCUUCAAGAAGGACUCUCUGUGGCAGUCUGAGGACCUUGACGCCGUCAUUGGUCAGGACGUUGGCCGCACUUGUAUUCUGCAGGGCCCCACCGCCGUCAAAUUUUCUACUAUGCUGGACGAGCCUAUCAAGUCUAUCUUGGACGGCAUCCACAACUCUCACAUUGAGUAUCUUACACGUGACUACUACGGCGGCAAGGAGAGUUCCAUCCCUACAAUUGAGUACUUCGGCGGCGAGUUGGUCGAGACCGAAAUCCCUCUCGAUAUUGAAGGACUGACAGUCAGCUAUGACGAGCACAAGAACACCUACCGCCUUGCCUCUGGUGCCGCCGCUACCUUGCCCUCUGUUGAUGCGUGGCUAUCACUGCUCGCCGGUCCCAACCGAAACUGGCGCCAUGCGCUGCUCAUGUCCGAUGUUGUCGUUCAAGGCCAAAAGUUCCAGACCAACCCUCUGCGCCGCAUCUUUGCCCCCGCCCGGGGCCUGUUUGUUGAAAUCAACUACCCCAACGAUCCCUCCAAGACCGAGAUCGUCGUCAAGGAGCAGCCCCGCUACAAUCAAUACGUCACUGUCAUUGAAGUUAAGCUGGCCGACAAGAAUGAGAUUCUUGUCAACAUGAUUAAGGACACCACGGCUCUUGGACACCCUCUGGGUCUUCCCCUGCGCUUUACCUACCACCCCGAGGCUGGCUACGCUCCUAUCCGAGAAGUCAUGCAUGACCGCAAUGACCGUAUCAAGGAGUUCUACUGGAAGGCGUGGUUCGGGAAAGAUCCCAUGGAUCUUGAUGCCCAGGUCACUAGCAAGUUCGACGGUGGCAAAACCACCAUUACCGCUGAAGCCAUCAACGACUUUGUACACGCUGUAGGCAACACUGGCGAGGCAUUUGUUGACCGUCCUGGCAAGGUUGUCUAUGCUCCCAUGGACUUUGCCAUCGUCGUUGGUUGGAAGGCCAUUACCAAGCCCAUCUUCCCCCGCACGAUUGAUGGUGAUUUGCUUAAGCUUGUACACCUUUCCAACGGCUUCCGCAUGCUCCCUGGCGCGGAGCCUCUUAAGAAAGGAGAUGAAAUCUCUACCACUGCCCAGAUCAACGCUGUGAUCAACCAAGAAUCAGGAAAAAUGGUUGAGGUUUGUGGUACCAUUACCCGUGAAGGCCAGCCUGUGAUGGAGGUCACCUCCCAGUUCCUCUACCGGGGUGCCUAUACCGACUUUGAGAACACCUUCCAGCGCAAGGUCGAAACCCCUGUUGAAGUUCAUCUCGCGACUAGCAAAGAUGUUGCUGUUUUGCGCUCCAAGGAGUGGUUCUCCACUGACGAGAUGCCAAAUGACUUUGACUUGCUGGGCAAGACGCUUACUUUCCGCCUGCAGAGUCUGAUGCGCUACAAGAACAAGGAUGUUUUUAGCACGGUUGAGACACGUGGGCAGGUUCUUCUUGAGCUGCCGACCAAGGAAAUCAUCCAGGUAGGCAGCGUCGACUAUGACGCUGGUGAGUCUCACGGUAACCCGGUCAUUGAUUACCUCGAGCGCAAUGGUUCCCCUCUCGACCAACCCAUAAACUUUGAGAACCCCAUUCCCCUCAGCGGCCGCACUCCUCUCCAGCUGCGCGCCCCAGCCUCCAACGAGACUUACGCACGUGUUUCUGGUGACUUCAACCCUAUCCACGUUUCCCGCGUUUUUUCGUCCUAUGCAAGCCUUCCCGGUACCAUUACCCACGGCAUGUACUCGAGCGCGGCUGUACGUAGUCUCGUCGAGACUUGGGCAGCUGAGAACAAUGUUGGCCGCGUCCGUAGCUUCCAUGCCUCUCUCGUCGGAAUGGUUCUGCCAAACGAUGAUAUCCAGGUCCAGCUGCAGCACGUUGGCAUGGUUGCUGGCCGCAAGAUCAUCAAGGUCGAGGUCAGCAACAAAGAGACUGAGGAGAAGGUCCUUCUUGGUGAGGCCGAGGUUGAGCAGCCUGUUACGGCUUACGUCUUUACCGGCCAAGGCUCACAGGAGCAGGGCAUGGGCAUGGAACUUUACGAUAGCAGCCCCGUGGCCAAGGAGGUCUGGGACCGCGCCGAUAAGUACCUGCUGGACAAUUACGGCUUCUCGAUUACCAACAUUGUCCGAAACAACCCCAAGGAGCUUACGAUUCACUUUGGUGGUCCUCGAGGCAAGGCUAUUCGGCAAAACUACAUGGCGAUGACGUUCGAGACGGUGGCUGCAGAUGGCUCGAUCAAGUCGGAGAGAAUUUUCAAGGAUGUUGAUGAAAAGACAACGUCAUACACGUACCGAUCGCCUACCGGUCUCUUGUCGGCGACGCAGUUCACGCAGCCUGCCCUCACAUUGAUGGAGAAGGCCAGCUUUGAGGAUAUGAAGUCGAAGGGUCUCGUACCCCGCGACAGUACAUUUGCUGGCCACUCUUUGGGCGAAUACUCUGCCCUUGCCGCCCUGGCGGACGUGAUGCCGAUUGAGAGUCUGGUCUCGGUUGUCUUUUAUCGCGGUCUUACGAUGCAGGUUGCGGUGGAGCGUGACGCCGCGGGCCGGUCCAACUACUCGAUGUGCGCUGUCAACCCCAGCCGUAUCUCCAAGACUUUCAACGAAGAGGCUCUGCAGUUUGUGGUGAACAACAUUGCGGAGGAGACGGGCUGGUUGCUGGAGAUUGUCAACUACAACAUUGCCAACAUGCAGUAUGUGUGUGCUGGUGAUCUGCGUGCUCUGGACACGCUGGCGGGGGUGACAAACUUCUUGAAGACGCAGAAGAUUGAUAUUGAGGAGAUGCGCAGUAACAUUGAAGAGGCCAAGGAUGCGCUGCGUGAGAUUAUCCGAGGCUGUGCAGAGGCGACGCUCAAGAAGCCGGUUCCUCUUGAGCUAGAGCGGGGAUUCGCGACGAUCCCUCUUCGCGGAAUCGACGUACCUUUCCAUUCGACCUUUUUGCGGUCGGGCGUGAAGCCUUUCCGAUCGUUCCUCCUCAAGAAGAUCAACAAGACCACGAUUGAUCCUUCGAAGCUGGUUGGAAAGUACAUUCCCAACGUGACGGCGAAGCCGUUUGCGCUGACCAAGGAAUACUUUGAGGACGUGUACAAACUGACCAACUCGCCCAAGAUUGGAGCAGUGCUGGCCAACUGGGACAAGAUCACACAAGAGGAAGGCGAGGGCAAGUCUGCGAGCGACAGCGGAGCCAGUGGGGAGUACGAGGGGCCCGGAGCGGCUGCUUAA